UGAAUUGUAUUUCGUUACAGACACGUUGUAUUUUUAAGCUGUAAUAUUUUCUGAAAAGGUCAGAUUUGAAAGGAAUAAUAAUAUAAAUAAAUAAAGGUCUGUCCGUGGCUGGUAAGCCACUGAUGUGAAUUAAUACCGUACUAUUGUGUAAAAUUAUGUAAAUCUGGGCUGCGUUUUUAACAAUAACAGGAAAGGAACGAGUUUGCACUUCGAAUACAAAAGCAUAUUCGAACAUUGUUUCAAAGACAGUUCUCAAGUUAGUAGUACGAAACUAUUAUUUUAUCCAAUUCAGUCCUUACAUACUUGUCUUUUAAUUUUAAUAACUAAAUUUAGGAUAAUCCUUACUUACCCUCGUAAUGGAAUAAGUUUACUUCAUCCGGUAAUUUUCCUAACAAUUUCACUUUAUACUGCAAAUUGUUUACAAAGUUUGUUUACAGCCCCUCCUAAGUAAGGCAAGGUAGUGUCAUGGGUUAAUUAAGUUGAGUGCGACACGCCCUUAUCUAUCUACAUCAUUGUUGUACGUAACGGGACCGAAGAACAUCGAUAAGAUUAAUUAAUUAAUAUUAUUUUUAUCAGCAUUAUACUUACUGCGAUUCAUCGAUACUCAUUCACGAGGUCGUUCACUCUAGCGAGGUUUCUUUUUGAUUGUUUUUUUAUAAAUAUUUACCUUCAUAAGUCACGCUCCUAAACUCAAGGUUCGUGAGCUGUUUUGGACAUCGUUGUCGUUUUCCUGAAAUCUGCAUUUGACCUACUUGUUGCAGCUUUGAUGUGAUCUCGAAUUUUAAGUAGUCAUCGGUGAAAUUUAGAUUAUACAAAAGACAACUAUUUGUCAACGACUAACGUUGUAAGAAUUAUACAAUACAUAUCUUAAAACGAGAACACCAAAAUGAUUGACGUCGUUGACAAAAAUGUUUACACGAUGUGCCUAAAAUAGUCUGGAAGCAAAAAUAAAUCAAGCCGUGCGGUGGACUUUGCUCCCGUUUCAUCCUUGAGUUUACAAAUCAAUUGUCUCGCGUCGAGCUUCCAAUAUUGCUUUCAAUAGAAACCAAAUGAACGCUUACACUGAUGGGUUGAAACCAUACUUGAAGUUCAUUACAAGUUCACGAUAGAGUCGAUUUGUUAAUUUAAGAUCGAGUCAUCUAAUGGGAAUCGAAUGAUUUCUCUGUUUUCAUUUAUAAAGUUAAAGUGGACACAAUAAUAUCACAAAGAACAUUUUAAGCAUACUUCGAAUAAUAUCCAUAACAAAUGCCAACUUUGCAUACAGGUGUAGGAACCGAUGCCAAAUCGCAGAAACACAUAAACAUUCGUGUCUCCCAUUAUGCUUCGGGGCGACUAGACGGCCGGUUAUUGUUAGCAAUUAAUUAAAAUUAUUAUGCUCAAAACGGAGACGCCAUGCUUCAAAUGUAACUGUUAUUUCUGCGAGUGCAUAGUUGAUUAUCGUCAGGACCAACAUGAGGUUCCAAGUCAGAGCUACUGGACCGAAAGCGACUAUGACAAGGAAGCCGUUCUAGACGCCGGCAGUCUGGGAGACAUCCCCGCCGUGUACCGCGUGCCCAAGCCUGCUCCUCACCAGAUGCCAGUCAUCGGGGUCUACAUCGACCCCAGAGUUAGAACGGGCUUCAGAUACAAAAUAAGACCGAUGCAGACUUUGGAUGCUCAGCCCCUGUCGGUGAAGCCGAGGUAUUUGUUCGAUGGCAAGGCUCUGACGCUGCAGUCCAUCGGUCGAGGAUUCGCUCGUCGUAUCACUUUGGAACCCCUGGACUCGACGCUCAAUGAUAACACCAACUACUUCUGGACGGACUCGCGUCCCGAAGGAUUCGUGUUUGAAAUUGAAGCUGUCUCAGCGGGAGACAAAUUUACGAUCUAUGACGCAAACCACGAGCCACAGGGAACUCUCGAAGUCGUUCAGCUGCAGAAAAACCAAUUAGAGCUGGAUCAAAAGAUAUUUGACGAUGGGUCGAUCGAAAAGAAAGUUAAGAUAAAUACCCUCUGCAAAGUGGAGUGGUACGAGAACGAUGGAGCUACAAAGUUGGUACCCGUCUCGGGAGUUGCUUUACUGAAGAAGGGGCGCGGUAACGCAAUCGUGUCCAGGAUCGUCAACGUAGCUAUCGGAAUCAAACAACUGAAGAAGGGAUACGAGCUGAAACCUGGUAUCAAAUCAUCCUCCCGCAGAAUCACCGUGAAUGGAGCGGAUGUUCAGGACAUCCCUUGCCAAUAUUGUGUGGUGGGGCUGGAGAGAUACGAACUCCCCGUUAUCGGAACCUACGUGGACCCUCGAAUCGUCCCCGGAUUCCACUACCGCGUGCGUCCCGCGAACUCCCGUCGUCAUCUGUUCGACGGGCGCAGUCUGCUCUUGCAGUCCAUCGGCUUGGGCUACGGAAAACGCAUCACUUUCAAACCGGACUCCCUCAACGCCCCCGACAACUACUUCUGGUCCGACUCUCAUCCCGAGGGGCUGGGAAUGGAAACUCGCGCCCUGCAUCCCGACAUGAAAUUUACUAUUACAGGAAACGGGGGACUUUUGCUGGGCGAAGCGAUCGUGUUCCGCGCCGAUUUACCCCAGAUCGAGGAGAAGACCGAAUACGUAGAUAUUCCGGGGCAGAGGGGCAAAGCGGUCGAGAAGUACAUCCAGGUGGACGUCACUUGCCACGUGAAGUUGGCCACGACCGGGGGUGGUUCUGCCGACUCCGAAGUCCACCUCAUGAAGGUGUCCGGAGUGGCCCUCGUGCGCAAAGAUCCGGGCCAAAAUGUCGCCAAACUGGUGAAAGUCUUCAACGUCGGUCUGGACUCGCAGCUCAACCUGCUCUUCGCUCACUCUCAAACCGAGCUCACUUUCCACCCCCUCCCCUAAGAGGUCUCCGGAUCCGAAUGGUAUUGCGACGCUUACGAUAAUUAUCUGAUCGCAUUGCAAUCCCAAAAAAUCUUACCUGGCUCGACAUAGGCUCGGUCAAACUAAUCGAUUUAGUCAUGAGUUCGCGAUCGAAGCCUAACUCGGUAUUCGAGGGUUUCGAUCGCGAUUUCGCUUCAAUCGGCGCACAACUGAGCAGAGGACACCUUUAGCUCGAACCUGACAACGGAAUGUAGUUCGUUGAGCCUAGAUUUAACCUUUCUAGGCUCUAGUUCAGUAUCUGACAACAUUAAUAAGUAUAUAAUAAACUUCCUUUUUUCCUGUUUAUUGACUCUCUUAAUCAGUAUUCAUUUGACUUGUGUUAUUUUUAUUAUUAAAGCUUGGACGUAACAUCUGGAGAGAGUAGCAAAAGACUAAACCGAUUCUGAAUACUGGCGGGAUUGCCAAUAACGAUAUGAAACAUUUGAUUGAUAUGAUUUAUGUUCUCGAAUAUAUUGAAAUGUACAAUAAAAAAUAUUUUCAAUUUA